CAUAAAAACUCAUGAAAUUAUCUGGAAAAGAAGAUAAGAAUUCGGCCGCUGUCAUUGAAAUCAUCUAAAUAUAUUAUAAUAACUUGUGAAUAUGCAUAUCAUCAAGUCCACCAACUCCAUCAUUGUGCACAACAAACAAGCAAAAGAAGCAGAAGCAGAACAAGAGCUGCAAUUCAGAGUUAAUCGUGUUCUGAUAAUCUGGUCUUAUCGAUGGGUGGGCAGGUGACGAAACAAGUCGAUCGACGAAAAGCCAUCUCAGUGGAGAAAAAGACCUUAUGUACUCUAUGUGAAAGCAGUGGAACUGAUUUCCCUGGAAGUGAUUACCGUCCUGCUGAUCGAAAAACCUGGAUGUCAAGUCUAGGCCCAGAAAAAAUGCAGAUAAACAAGAUCGUGUGGCCAGGAACACACGAUUCAGCAACGAACAAGAUUGGAAUUCCCGGAAUCACACGCCCUUUCGCGCAAUGCCAGUCCCUGUCGAUCUAUCAGCAGCUCGUGAGAGGGACACGUGUCGUGGAUAUUCGCGUCCAGGAGGACCGCAAGGUGUGUCACGGGGUACUUUUGACAUACGGCAUCGAUGUGGUUCUUAAAGAUGUGAAGAAAUUUUUGUCAGAGACCGAGUCAGAGAUUAUAAUUCUGGAGAUCCGCACUGAGUUCGGGCACGAGGAUCCUCCUGAGUUUGAGAAGUACUUGGAAGGAGAACUCGGUGAAUUACUGGUACAUCAAGACGAUCACGUGUUCCAGAAGACAAUCGCGGAGAUAUUGCCUAAGAGGAUUAUAUGUGUGUGGAAGCCGAGGAAAUCUCCUCAAGCCAAGGCAGGGAGUCCGUUCUGGAGCAGCGGGUAUCUCAAGGACAAUUGGAUUGACACGGAUCUGCCAUCGACUAAGUUUGAGAGUAAUAUGAAGCAUCUGGGUGAGCAGCAAGCAGUGACGUCCCGAAAAUUCUUUUACAGGGUGGAGAAUACGGUGACACCCCAGGCUGACAAUCCAAUUUUGUGUGUUAAGCCUGUGACCAACCGGAUACAUGACUAUCAUAGGCUUUUCAUUUCGCAGUGCUUCUCUCGGGGGAUUGCUGAUCGGUUGCAGAUCUUUUCCACUGAUUUCAUACAAGAAGAUUUUGUGGAUGCGUGUGCAGGACUUACAUAUGCGAGGGUGGAAGGAAAGGCAUGAAUUUGAUUUUAUUUUAGCUGCUUGCUUGGAUAAUCUUUCUCAUCAUAUCUUUUGUGCCUAAAAGAUCAAGUUGGAGUAUACCAUAAUUUGUGAAAUAUAUGUCAGAUUUUGAUAUGGGUUCAUCUGCAUUUCAUCUCAGACUGCUUGUGUAAAUGGUUAUUAUUCUGCAUCUUAUAUGUUUACUGUCCAAAUAAAGCGAAGAUUUCUCUCU